AUGACUAUCGCAUUUAUAUUAGAUCCAAACUAUCUUGAAGAGAGCAAAAAAAAUAUUAAUGAACCUGAUUGUUUAUCGAUAUUUGCAAACUUUAUUUCCUUAAAGUAUCCUACCGAAGAAGCAUCUAGAAUCUAUGCUGAAUUAUUAAAAUUUCAACAUAUUAUCGAACAUAAUAAAAACAAAAAUAUUAGAGUUUUAGAUGAAGAAGAUAUCAAUAAUGAAAAUGCCGAAGAAGACUAUAUUAAUAAUGAAAAUGCUGAAGAAGAUUAUAUUGAUAAUGAAAAUGCUGAAAAUGAUUUUAAUUUAAAUAACAAUGAUAUAUUUAUUUAA